GAUGAGGACGGCCGGGGGGCGCCGCGCUGCCCCGCGCAUCCCGGGGCUGCUCCUCCUCUUGCACGCCGCCGCCCGCCUGGCCGCCGAGCAGGAGGUGGAGAACCUGUCCGGCCUCUCGCCCAGCCCCGAGAAGGACAUUUUCGUGGUGCGCGAGAACCGCACGACGUGUCUCAUGGCCGAGUUCGCCGCCAGGUUCAUCGUCCCCUACGACGUGUGGGCCAGUAAUUAUGUGGAUCUCAUCACGGAGCAGGCCGAGAUCCCGCUGCCCCGCGGCGCCGAGAUGCGCGGCAAGUGCGGCGCCAACGAGUCGGAGCUGGAGGUGUCGUGGCUGGAGCGCGCCUACACGCUGCGCCUGCUCUUCCUCAAGGAGGGACACAACACGUCGCGGGGGCCCGAGGCCCAGUGGAGGCUGGCGCGGACCCAGUUCGCCUACGACACCGGCGAGCGCACCUACUUCAAGGACGCCGUCAGCCCGGGGAAGCACACGGCCAGCUCGCACCGGCUCUCCGCCUUCGUCACGCCGGCCGGCAAGUCCUACGAGUGCCAGGCUCAGCAGAGCAUCACGCUGCUCUCCAGCGACCACCAGAAGUCCGUGGAGCUCCUGCUCUCCGAGGUCCGUGUGCAGCCCUUCGACAUCAGCGCCGAUUUUGUCUUCAGUGAAGAACAUAAAUGCCCGGUGGACCAGCGGGAGCAGCUGGAGGAAACCCUGCCGCUGAUCCUGGGCCUGAUCCUGGGGCUGGUGAUCGUGAUAACGCUCUGCGUGUACCACCUCCACCACAAGCUGACGGCCAGCCAAGCGCAGCUCCCGCGGGACAGAUCUCAGUACAAACACAUGGGAUAGGCGGCGGGACCGGGCCGCCCGAGCCCUGAACAGGCCUCAAGCUGGCGUAAACUGGAGUAACUCCAGGGAAGCAGUUUGCAGCCAGCUGAGGAGCUGACCAGGUAUUUGAGGCUCAGUGAAGAAAGUCUGUUUUUGCUUCUUGAGACACAUCUGACUUAAACGUUUAAAAAAAAAAAAAAAAAGGAAAAAAAAAAGAAGUGUUGACACACAAGUUAUAGAGCGCCGUGCUACUGCAAGUCCACUGAGAAAUGCUUCUGGCCAGACAUCCUGCACGUUUUGUGAUUGUCUUUGAGAUGUUACAUUGCUGCCUGCAACUGUUAUUUUCACAACGAGACAAAAAAAAAAAAAAAAAAAAAAAAAAACAGAAAUGUUAAAAUCACUAUGCACAGUAUUCAGGUAUAACCUAAUGUAACAGAAAAAAAAAAUAAGGCAACCAUUGAAAUCUCUCCUUAAAUGUAAACCAU